ACUAUUUGCAAUACUCGUUUUUUGACAACCACACCUUCCCAAAAAGCGCAGUCCGUGGCAUCCGCAAGUGUAGGAUCAAUCGCUAACAAAGAUCCUUUGGUCAAACCUUUUUCAAUUUAUCGCUGGAAUCCUGAUAAACCGGCAGAAAAACCUCAUUUACAACAAUAUCAUGUAGAUCUCAAUACCUGCGGCCCUAUGGUAUUAGAUGCCCUAAUAAAGAUCAAAAAUGAACAAGAUUCUACACUGACUUUUCGUCGUUCAUGCCGUGAGGGUAUUUGUGGCUCAUGUGCAAUGAAUAUCGACGGUGCAAACACUUUAGCAUGUCUAUCUAAAAUCGACCGCAAUACAAGUAGCACAAAAAUCUAUCCAUUGCCUCACAUGUACGUUGUUAAGGAUCUUGUUCCAGAUCUUACACACUUUUACAAGCAAUAUAAAUCUAUUGAGCCAUUCCUAAAAAAAAAGACUAAGCCAAAAGCUGGGGAGCUGGAACAUUAUCAAUCGAUCGCUGACCGUAAGAAACUUGAUGGUCUUUAUGAAUGUAUUUUGUGUGCCUGCUGCUCUACUUCGUGUCCCAGCUACUGGUGGAAUUCGGAUGAAUAUCUCGGACCAGCAGUUUUAUUACAAGCAUAUAGAUGGAUGAUUGAUUCGAGAGACGACUACGCCCAAGAACGUCGGGAAGCGCUUCAAAAUCCAUUUUCAGUCUAUCGUUGUCAUACCAUUAUGAAUUGUACGAGAACAUGUCCAAAAGGGCUUAAUCCGGGACGAGCAAUUGCUAUGAUCAAAAAGGAAAUGGCGUUAGAGUGA